AUGAAACUCGGGAUUGGCUGGCUAUCCGCGACCCUUACUGCGACAGCCAUAUUUCUACAACGCGGUGAUGCUCGCUCGCAAGCCCCGCCACCAAUUCAGCAUGUCUCUGAACUCGAAAACGUCGUGAUACACACCCCUUCCCAUCGAAUACACUCCCUUUCCAGCUUCGACAUCACAUUCACAAUACACAACAACGCGGAAGCAAUCAAACUCAAGCUAGAACCGAAUCAUGAUGUUUUGGCCGAGGAUGCUGAAAUUCAAUACUUGAAUGCUGAUGGUACCAUUAGCCAUACGGAGAGUAUCGAUCGCAGAGAUCACCGGGUGUUUAAAGGCUCGGCAUGGACAGAGAUUGAGCCGGAUCAUUGGACAUAUGUCGGCUGGGCACGCUUAUAUGUUAAACGCGAUGGACCUGAUCCUCUGUUUGAGGGUACGUUUAGUCUGAUGCAUGACUAUCAUAAUAUAAAACUGCGCUCGAGUUAUAUGCGGACGCGAUCCGAUUCCGAUGUCAUACCCGCUGAGAAGGAUGACGAUUAUAUGGUAAUGUUCAGAAACUCGGAUAUGUAUUGGGACGAAGAACAUACAGAGCUCAAACGAUCGGUUCCCGACCCUUCUUGUCAUGCGGACAAGCUGGAUUUUAAUGCGGACCCCAACCAUCCUGUCUUCCGACCUCCGCAGCAGUCAACUAAUCUUGCUGCCAUGACGUUUGAUCAGUUAUUAGGCUUGUCCAAGCGACAGUCUGAUACCGGCAACGUGGGCGGAAAUACGGGAGGUAUCAACUUGGCGUCGACGAUUGGUGAUACCACAGGCUGUCCCAAAAAUAAGUUGGUCGCUCUCGUCGGCGUGGCUACGGAUUGCAAUUUCUUGAAUGCUUUUGGGAACAAUCAGUCUGCGGCUCGCGCGGAUGUUAUUUCAAUGUUCAAUUCUGCAUCGAGUGUGUAUGAGAGCACAUUCAAUAUCUCUCUGGGUUUGAAGAAUUUGACUAUGAGUCCUGCUGAUUGUCCUGACGUUUCGUCGACAGCCACCCCCUGGAAUAUGCCAUGCACUUCGGGAAAUAUCUCUUCAAGACUAAGUGAUUUCACGGCCUGGCGUGGCGAUCAGAAUGAUACAAAUGCUUACUGGACAUUGAUGACCAAUUGUCCUACAGAUUCCGAAGUUGGAGUGUCCUGGUUAGGGCAAUUGUGUGUUCAUGGCUCGAGCAAUGCUUCGGUCGCAGGAGCAAAUGUCGUAGUCAAAACGUCGACUGAGUGGCAGGUUUUUGCACACGAGUCAGGACAUACCUUUGGUGCUGUGCAUGACUGCGACUCUUCGACAUGUCAGCAAGGCCUACAGACAACUUCACAAUGCUGCCCGCUGACUUCGAGCACCUGUGAUGCCAACGGGCAAUAUAUCAUGAACCCUUCGACAUCGUCCAAUCUCGAACACUUCUCACAAUGCACAGUUGGCAAUAUCUGCUCAGCCCUAGGUCGAAACAGCGUCCAAUCCAACUGUUUGGUAAACAACAAAGACGUGGUCACCUAUACUGGCAGCCAAUGCGGCAACGGUAUUGUAGAGAGCGGCGAAGAUUGCGACUGCGGAGGAACAGCAGCUUGCGGCGACAACGCCUGCUGCGACCCCACUACCUGCAAGUUCAAGGACAACGCGGUCUGCGACGACUCCAACGAAGCAUGCUGUUCCAGCUGCCAAUUCAAAGCUGCAAACACAACCUGUCGCGCCAGCACUGGUCCCUGUGAUAUCGCUGAAGUCUGCUCAGGAUCAUCCGGCGCCUGUCCCGCCGACCAAUUCGUUGCCGAUGGCCAGAGCUGCACAAGCGGAAACACCACCGGACUCMCCUGCGCCAGCGGACAAUGCACAAGCCGUGACCUCCAAUGUCGCACUAUCCUCGGCGCCGUCCUGGGCAGUAACGACACCUACGCCUGCGACGACUCCUCGUGCACACUGUGGUGCGCAUCCUCCAAACUCCCCUCCAACGAAUGUGGCAGCAUGCAACAAAACUUCCUCGACGGAACACCGUGCAACGGCGAUGGGCACUGCAAUAACGGUCAAUGCCAGGGUUCCUCAGUAGGCGGCGAAAUCAAGUCCUGGGUCGACCAACACAAACCUCUUGUGAUCGGUCUGGCGGCUGGUAUAGGCGGGUUACUCGUGCUGAUUAUACUGAGUUGCAUUAUUUCUUCGUGCCGAAGACGCAGGUUUAGAAAGACGCUCCCUGCGUCGCGGCCGCCUGGUGGGAGAGGGUAUCAGGGAUAUCGUGGGCCGCCGGGACAGCCUCCAACAAACGCUGGAGGUUGGUCGGGACCAAUGCCGCCUGCGAUGCAGCAGCAAGGGAAUCCCGUAUAUGGUGCACCACCUGCAUAUGCGCCGCCUGGAUACGAUCAUAACGGCGCGCCUUGGCCGGGGGUGCAGCCACGAUAUGCAUAA